UUCUUGAUUGAAUAACAGGAGAUUAUGAGUUUUUUUGAAUGAUUUUAUAUAAAUUCCAGUUUCAAUAACAAGGGAUUUGAGAAGAUAUUUACAAAUCUCAAGUUGAAUAACAGGUCAUUUUAAAGAAAAACCAAUAUCUUCCAAAAUCCUACUUCCAAUACACCCUCCUAAGUCUAAUGCAUGCUAGUGUGACAUCUGCCUAAUUAUAACUUGGAAAAUUGGAGUAGAUAACCAUAAAAAAACAACAAAUUAAAUAAGUAACCACAAAAAAAAAAAAAACUACGAUAUUCUGUAUAUAAUAUGUAAUAUAUACAUUUAUACCCCCAAUUAGCCACCGUCACCGUUCCGAACAACCAAAUCCCACAGCUCACCAAUCUCUCCUCCGUCCAACAAUGGAUAUCCGAUCAAAUCUAACCUCACUUCCUAUCAAUCAACAUCACCUGAAUACUCGUCGGAAACCGAUUCAUCUCCACCGCCAAUCACCUCCUCAACAGACCUCUAGUCCCGGCUAUGCAAUUUCUUCACACCACCCUCGUCUCUAUCUUUUACCACCAUCGAAUCCAGAUCUAGACACCGGAUUCCUUUCUAAUUCUACUCCUCCGUCUUCGAAAAAAUUUCGCUCUGUUUAGAUUUAACCCAAGCUUUUCGACCACGAAUCGAUACUUCUAAUAUCAAACAUGCUCGACUCUCAGUGAUUCUGUCGGCUUUUCUGCAUCGACGCCGCUGCUAAUGGCGCAAAACCUGAGCUCCGACGAUAAAAAGCAUAUGCGUUUCAGAGUAAUGGCAAAUUGGAAAAUAGGAAAAUAAUGCAGGGAUAGACUUGUAAUUAUUUAGGGUUUUUGGUUACUUGCUGAAUUACCUAAAUUAUAUGGCUAUAUUCUUUAUUUUUGGUGCAAAUAUGGCUACACAGCUAACUUUACCAAGUUUGUGUGAUAAUGAAAUGUCUCAGAAACAUAGUGAAAAUUUAUUUAACUUUAUUUAAUGUAUAAUUGUAUAUAAUGAUCGUUGCAAAAAAUAUAUAGGAGAAAAAAAAAAGAUCGGUGAGGAGGAGUUAAUAGAUCGUCGGAGUUUGGGAAUUAUUAGGGGUUGCAGAAUCGGAGAUGGCGGAUGUUCUACGGAAGCUGUUGGACAGCGGAAAAUUAUCCGACGAAAAGUGUCGCUUGAUUUUACGUGGAUUGAGAAAACAAGUCGAUGAGUUAAAUUUAUCCAAAAACGAAGCAAUCGAUGAAUGGUCCUCUGACAAAGAAGAAGAAAUCGACCCAGAAUACCUUCGCCAAGUAAAGGAAUCUCUGGGUUUCGAUAUCGAUAUAUAUGAACCUUCGUAUCCCUAGCUAUGGAAUUGCACCACAUGAGAUAGGAGACGAUUGUGAACCGCCUCACAACGUUGCUCUUUAUGGCCGUUUGGGAGUUCAUUGUUUCAACUUUGAGAAGGGGAGGAAUCUGCGGUUUAUCCGCAUACCCAAAUACAAUUCCCAAAUCCAUCAAACUGACUCUUACUCUAUAACCGUGGAGGUGGAGGAUCUUGCAGAUUGUUCGCCUCACAUUUUUCAGACCUUGGUCACAAGGUUGUUUCCCAAGAAUGGUGAGGGCUUAAGAGUCUUUACUGGAAUCUGCAGACUUAAACCCGCGACACCAGGUAAAGGAGAUGCCUAUGCUAUAUUGGAUGAGGAAGCAAUAGAUGGUUUUUACAGAGGCGAUAUGCUGGACUUUGUGUCGGAAGCAAUAGCUGAUGAUGAGCUGAGAUUCUACGAGGUUUAGGAGCAGGACAUAUGUGAAAACGAUUGGCUUCGUCUAUAUACUGAACUAGAUAUCAACCCGCGGUACACCGCGGGCCUAUAAUUUUACUAAAAAAUUAAAGUAAAUUUUUUAAAGAUGAUCUAUAGAUAUAUAGUAUUGUUUUGUUUGAUUUAAAUGUAUGGUACACCGCAUGACGAUAUUUUAUUACUAAAAAAUUUAAAUAAAAUUUUUAUUUGUUUUGUUAAUAUUGUUUAUUUAGUUUUGUUUAGU